UUUUUUUUUUAUACAUAUAUUUCAUUUUAUCUACUUUAUAUAUAAACAAAUUUUUAUCUACUCUAAUGUUACUGAUAUCAAAUGCUGAUCAAUAUAUUGGACAUUGUAUAACUUCACAUCUCGCCUAUGAUCCAAAUAUUCGAAGCCAGCUACGAGUACUUUGUCAAAAUUUGAUUCCAUGCAAACAGUUUAUGAAUCAAGAUAUUGAUGUACAUCAAGUAGAUUAUCAUCAUCCUCAUCAACUCUCAGUGGCAAUGCGAAAUGUGGAUCAUUUAGUACUUGUGAUUGGGGAUAAUAAAGAUAGGGUAAUCCAUGCUAAAAGACUUUGUCAGGUGGCUCUUCGAUCAGGUAUCAAAUCUAUUAUUCUUGUCUCUCAUGUUGGCGCUCUGUGUUCUAACUUGACUUCAUCAUUGAGUGAUUUUGCAUUGGUUGAAAAUGAAAUUUAUAAUGCUGACUGUGCAUGGACAAUCCUCAGAUGUGAUUGGAUUCAACAAUACUUUCAUCUAUGGACUACUUAUACUGAAAAAAAUCGUAGUUUUCCUUUACCAAUGGAUGCAACUACUGAAUUCUGUCCUAUUGAUAUAUUGGAUGUGUGUGAAUCAGUAGCUUCACUUUUAUUACUACAACAAAAAAAUAAUAUAACUAAGAUUGUAGAUGCAUUGGAUGAUCAACACAUUGGACAGGUAUACACUUUGACUGGACCUCGGAUGAUCAAUGGGAAAAAGCUGAUGAAAAGCUUGAUCAAUGCCACUCACUAUUCAUCUUAUCGUUUUCUUCAAGUACGACCCAUGGAUUUACAAUAUUAUUUGAAAUAUUUACCAAAGGAUAUUUGGUUUGAUGCUCGAUUGAAAAGGGAUCGUUAUCGUAUGCAUUAUGAUGAUUUCGGCUCUUAUUCAUAUCGCAGUAAUAUAUUUGGUCCUCCAUCAGAUUUACAAAUACAAACAUUUUUAGAUUACUUCAAUUGGAUCUUCAAUACAUCAAGUAGUAUUUGUAUUCCUCAUGUUCGUCUCCUUACUGGUAAAACACCUCGAUCUCUGGAUGCCUUCUUUAAGGAGAAUGCCAAUAGUUUCAAACCCAGAGUUUGAAUAUGAUCAUACUUCUUUACAUAUAUAUAUAUGAUUGAAUAAUAAAGAAAAAAAAAAUAAGAAUAUGAUUAAAUACAA